AUGGCUAAACAAGUGAAGAGAAAGUCAAGUGGGAUUACCAAACCAGAUGGAAACAGGAAACGUGGUAGAUCUGAAAUGAGAACAGUUACAAGAACUGCUGCCAGAAAACCACGAGAUGAGGAACAAGAUGAUGAUAGUUCUGAUCACCUGGAAGAGGAGGCUGUCCAUCAAAGCAAUGGUGAUGAUUAUGAAGACACAGACGGCGAAAAUGAUGAAGACGAAGAUUCAGGGAAAGCUUAUUCUGCUCUUUUAACUUUGUUGAAAACAGAUAACAAGGAAAAGAAAGAAAAACCAGAAUCAUUCAGUAUUGAGGAAAAGGACCAACCAUCAGAAGAUGAAAAUGAAGUUGCAGGUGUGGUUCUGGAUAAUGAAAAUGAAGAUGAAAAUGAAGAAGAUCAACAAAUAUCAGACAAUGAAGAAGAAGAAGAAGUUAAAGGACUUGCAAGUGAUCCUUUUGAAGUACAUUUUAACUUACCAUCUGAUGACUACUUAAACAAAGAAGAGAAGCUUGUUUUAAAAGAUCAUGAAAAAUGGCCAAUUGUUGAUAAGAAGACCUAUGCUGAUUUGGCACUUACAUCAAUGUUACAAUUACCACCAGGAGAACAAAUUGAACCACCUUUAUUGAAAUCUACCAAGCUCAAGGACUAUGCCAUUAAAAAACGUGUUUUAGAUUCAUAUGAAAAAGCAUAUGGAUUAGAUUUAACUGAAACUGAUUCACUCAUUGCCAACUCAAUACUUAAUUACAGAGAUGUCAACUAUCAAUACAAGACAUUCACCAACAAGAAUUAUCGUAGAAUCUACGUCAUGCAUGCAUUAAACCAUAUUUAUAAAACCAGAGAUAGAAUAUUGAAAAACACCACCAAAUUGCACGUACACAAGGAGUCAAGUAAUGAUGAAGAUCUAGAAUUUAGAGAUCAAGGUUUUACACGUCCAAAAGUUUUAAUUAUGUUACCUACUAGAAAUUCCUGUUAUGAAGUAGUGGAACAAUUAAUUAAAUUAUCUGGUACUGAUCAACAAGAAAAUAAAAAGAAGUUUAAUGAUCAAUUCUAUGCUAAAGCAGCACCACCAAACAAUAAACCAGAAGAUUUUAAAGAUGCAUUCAAAGGAAACAAUAGCGAUUUCUUCUGUAUUGGGUUGAAAAUGACUCGUAAAUCACUUAAAUUAUACUCGUCUUUCUACUCAUCAGAUAUCAUAUUAGCUUCUCCAAUUGGGUUGUCAAUGAUUUUAGAAAAUCCUGAUAAGAAGAAAAGACAAUAUGAUUUCCUUUCCUCAAUUGAAGUUUUGAUUGUUGAUAAAAGUAAUCAAAUUGAAAUGCAAAACUGGGAUCAUGUAAAUACAGUUAUGAAUUAUAUCAACAAGGUUCCUAAAGAAUUCCAUGAUGCAGAUUUCAGUCGUAUCAGAAUGUGGUCAAUUAAUGAUCAAGCUAGAUUAUUACGUCAAACUUUGGUAUUUUGUGAAUAUUUGACUCCAAGUAUAAAUAAUUUAGUAUCUAGUAAAUCAUUCAAUUUAUCCGGUAAAGUUAAAUUCAAACCAAUUAUAAAUUCAGAAAAGAGUAUGAUGAAUUCCAUUGGUCUUAAAAUCAAACAAAUUUUCCAAAGGUUUGAAAGUGGUUCUCCAGUACAAGAUCCAGAUGCUAGGUUUAAGUUUUUCAUAAACACCAUUUUACCUUCUUUACUAAAGACUUCUUCCUAUGAAGAUGGGAUUAUGAUUUUCAUUCCUUCAUAUUUUGAUUACUUACGUGUUAAGAAUUAUUUGAAAACUUCCACAAAGUUUGACUUUGGAUCUAUUGAUGAAUAUACUUCACAAUCCAAAUUAACUAGAACUAGACAAGGUUUUGCAAGUGGUAAGAUAAAAUUGAUUUUAUAUACUGAGAGAUUGCAUUAUUUUAGAAGAUACGAAAUAAGUGGUGUUAAAACCUUAAUCAUGUAUGGAUUACCUUCAAAUCCUUUGUUUUAUAAAGAAUUGAUUAGAUUUAUUGGUAAAUCGGUUUUCAAAGAAGAAUGUGAAUUGGAUUUAGCUUUGGUUAAGAUAUUAUUUUCCAAGUGGGAUGCUGUUAAUCUCGAGAAAAUAGUUGGUAAUGAAAGAGCUCCAAUUUUAUGUAAUUCCAUGAAUGAAUUAUAUGAAUUUAGAUAG